GUUAAUUUCAAAUUGCCCUUUUCACAUCUGCACGAAGGAUAAUAAGUCCUCCCUGAGAGAGUCCUGGGGGGAAGAUGGCGCUGCUGCGGCAAGCAUGUUGUCAUUUGUGGAGAAACAACCGUGUUUGUAAUUCAAAAUCUGCUCUUCUCACCUCUGCUGAUUUGUGUCAACCAGCUUCUACUUACACAGAUUAUGAAGUUUCCAAGGAGGAGUUUAAGUUUGUUGAACGGCUGUUGCCAAACUAUGUUAUACCAGAUCCACCUAAACAUGAGGAGUACCCAACCCCAUCAGGCUGGGUACCACCUGCAGAAAACAUUCCCGAUCUCCCAUAUAGUGUGAGACGAACCCGUCACCAUAAUCUACCUGUUUAUUUUGAACUAAGAGGUAACAGGAAGUUGACCAAAGUCAGAGGAAUCUAUGGGGAUAUUUGGGCAUUUGAAGCUGAUCUGAGAGCCUAUCUUGAGGAGAAAGCUGGCAAAAAACUAUACACACAAGUCCAUGAAGUGGCUAGGUUGGUUCGAGUCAAAGGCAGUUUUGUAGAGAACACAUCUGACUUUUUGGUCCAGCAAGGCUUUUGAUUCGAAACUAAACCGUUCUGCGAUACGGUGUGUGGAUGCAUGGACUUUUGGAUGGAUAUGUCCCCUUGAGUUAUUCAUCGUGUACAUGUAGAUGUGACGUUGAAACAUCUGGUAUAGAUAUACACUGACAGCCCAUCUGAGGUGUCUAGCUCAUCUAGUUCACUUAGUGGUCAUUUGAGAAAGAGCGCUUGAUGAUAUCAGCUGCACGUGUAUUCAUUGUGGAUUGUACACCCAUAAAGCUGAACCUUGGAAUGUCUUUUCUGGGCACCGUGGUCAUGUCCAGUAUGCUUAGUAGAGACCAUUAAAUGAACACAGGGACAAAAUUUUUAGAUGGUGUGCAGUGAAAGAAUUCUUAGUGUGUUUUGUGAGUAAAGAUUGCUUAUGCCUUUUGUACUACUGGAGUCCAUGUUUUACUAUUUAUUUUCUUAUGACAAAGCUAUAUUCAUGAAAAUUUGUAAGAGUUCUCUCAGUCUGUGCUGAAGUCCUAUAAGAUGGAUGUAAAAAUAUGAAUAAAUCAUAUUGUUUGACUGGACAUCCAAACAAUACAGGUUGUUGACACCAGGUUGUUUACCAUGGGAU